UUCGUCUCUGUGUGUGUGUGUGUGCGUGCGCGUGUGUGUACGCGCGCUAUCCCCUCCCUCAGAGCGAGCGCGAGCCACGGAGAGGAGAGACGAGAGCAGAGAGUAAACGGCAGUCGGUGCGAACGUGAACGGACUCUCCGCUGUUUCGUGUUGGUGUUUGUUGCGGAGCUCGGAGUGCGCUCGGUUAACGCGUUCGUUCCGCGCGAGGAUGAGGACAACGAGCGUGUAAGUGAAGUAAACCCACCGGAGCACGCGCACCGCUACGAUUACGGAUCGGAUCUGCUCGCGAGAGGAAACUCCAGCUUCUGGAUCUGUGUGUGUGUGUGUGUGUGUGUGGACGAGGCUUCGCGAUAACGGAGCGGCGGAGCGACAACACGGUCCCCACAAUGACUGAAAAUGACUGACUGAAACACAGAGACUUUCUUUAUCAUUGGUGACAGAGGUCAUUAUCGAGGACUCCUACGGCUCAUUGUCCAGUCUGAAGCAUUUCUGUGCUCUGAAAGCAUAGAACAUCUGACACAUAGCCUCUGCUGAACCAGAACCGCAACGUCAAGAUUCCCCAAUCCAAGUUAUUGGAGCAUACCAAGAUUUCUCGCUUGAGCCAUCAAUAACCAGAGCCAACAGUGGUCCAAUCAGAACCAGCAAGAACUACCAGGGGUCCAAUCAGAACUAUUGAGAACCAACAGUGGUCCAGUUAGAACCAUUGAGAACCAACAGUGGUCCAGUCAGAACCAACAAGAACCACCAGUGGUCCAAUCAGAAUCAUUGAGAACCAAGAGUGGUCCAAUCAGAACCAUUGAGAACCAACAGUGGUCCAAUCAGAACCAUUAAGAACCAACAGUGGUCCAGUCAGAACUAAUACCAGUCUACCAAUCUACCAGUUCAUUAGUUCUCCUUUCCAACAUCUGGAAAUACCAGCCAUCUAAUCAGGACCAUCAUCUUCCAACUGGAACCAAAUAUCAUUAUCAGAUAUUUUCCAAUUUAUAUCCAAUCAUAACGAGGAUACCUGGAGAAAUGGGUGGGGCUAAAGUCCUGCUCAUGAUGCUGGUGAUUAGUCUGGAAAAUGUGAACUGUGUGAACUGGAACCCAGUCCCACGCAAGACCAUCCGAUAUCACGAAGUAAUAGACAGCAUGGCACGUUUCCGGGCAGUGGGCGUGUUUAACUACACCAUGUUGACUCUGUCUGAGCACGAGCGCGUCCUGUACGUCGGCGCCAGAGAGACGCUAUUCGCUCUGGACCCCAAUGACAUUACACGGCAGCUCCGCCCACAGAUUGACUGGCCGGCCCCUGUGGAGAAGAAGAAAGAGUGUGCUGAGAGAGGAAAAAACAACCAGACGGAGUGUUUUAACUACAUCCGGUUCCUCCAGGGAUAUAAUCACACUCACAUGUACACAUGUGGUACCUACGCCUUCCAGCCCAAGUGCACCUACAUUAACGUGGAUCAUUUCACUCUGAACAGCGCUGCCCUCGAGGAUGGGAAGGGCAAGUGUCCCUACGACCCGGCUAAAGGCCACACCGGCCUCAUCGUGGAUAAGGAGCUGUACUCUGCCACUCUGAAUAAUUUCUUGGGCACGGAGCCGGUGAUCCUGCGCAACCUGGGACAGCAGCACUACAGCAUGAAGAGUGAAUACCUGCCGGCCUGGCUGAAUGAGCCGAACUUCGUGGGUUCUGCUCUGGUGCGUGAGAGCAGGAACAGCCGCGAGGGAGACGAUGAUAAAAUCUACUUUUUCUUCAGCGAGAGAGCCGUGGAGCUCGACUGUGACGGAGACCUGACUGUAGCUCGAGUGGCCCGUGUGUGUAAGGGUGACCAGGGGGGAACUCGGACCCUACAGAAGAAGUGGACGACGUUUCAGAAGGCUCGUUUGAUUUGUUCCCUCCCCGAGCGCCACAUCACCUUCAACCACCUGCAGGCCGUCUUCACCAUGCAGGGAAAUGAUUGGAAGAACACCGUCUUCUACGGAGUUUUCCACGCCCAGUGGGGGGACGUGGACGUCUCGGCCGUGUGUCAGUACCACAUCGGAGAGGUGAAGAGUGUGUUCGAGGGCCCAUAUAAGGAAUUCCGUGAGGCGUCUCAGAGAUGGGGGAGAUACACGGGGGUGGUCCCGAACCCACGACCCGGAGCGUGUAUCACCAACUUUGACAGAGAGAACGGUUAUAACAGCUCGCUGCAGCUCCCGGACGCCACGCUCAACUUCGCUAAGAAGCACCCGCUGAUGGAGCUGAGGGCCGAGGCUCGACCCCUGAUGCUCACCAAGGGAGUGAACUUCACCCGGAUCGCUGUGGACCGAGUCAACGCCCUGGACCAGAGAGCUUACAGCGUGCUGUUUAUUGGAACAGCUGAUGGAUGGCUCCAGCGUGUGGCGAUUGUUGGGUCUGAGGCUCAUGUGAUCGAGGAGAUCCAGCUGUUUGAUUGGCCACAACCAGUCGACAGUCUGACCAUCUCACACAGCAAGAAGUACCUGUACAUCGGCUCUCGGUCCGAGGUGUUACAGUUGCCCUUGGCUAACUGCAGUCGUUAUCACUCUCAGCCGGACUGCUGGCUGUCCCGAGAUCCGUACUGCGCCUGGGACAGCGAGGGACGAGCGUGUGUCCGCAUCGACCUCCACCGCGGCUCCAUGUCCACUCUUACUCAGGAUCUGAUGCUGGAGAGAUUUAAUCGAGGGUCAAAGGCUAAGUUUGAUAAGCCGGUGUCUAUCCCCAGUCCAGAACAUUCUCGUCUGAGGAACGUGACCGUGGUGGUAGGUUCGGACCUGGUGCUGCCGUGCCAGCUGGUCUCCAACCUGGCACGUCCCUCGUGGGCACUGAACGAGCGCGAGUUGUUGCUUUCGUCCGACUCUGACACUUCGGGUCCCCGAUUCGACCGCGCCCUUCGUGCCCUGGUCAUCCCCCAGGCGGGUGCGUCCCAGACCGGACGCUACGUGUGUUACUCGGAGGAGCAGGGAGUAAAGUUCCAGACGGAGCGCUACCAGGUGGCGGUGGUGGCCAGCGCGCCAGUGUUUAUGGAAGCACGAGCGCCAGACGCCAGCAUGGGGCUGUUCUGGGUGCUGGUGAUCGCGUUGGGUGUCACGUGUCUGGUGCUGCUUGCCGGCGCCCUCUACCUGCGCCGGAGGCUGAAGCUAGCGCUGGGGAAAGCUGGAACCGCUGAGAUGAAGCCUUUAGAGAGCACGCUGGUCUACCCGAUCACGCUGCCCAAAGAGACGCCAAGCUUCGUGCCCAGCAAGAUGCCCACCAGCUCAAACAACGACGAGGAUCGCUUCUGGGAAACCGGCGCCAAUUUCUACUACUCAGACGGAUCAUUGAAGAUCGUGCCCGGACACGCGUCCUCGCCAAGCGCCAUUCCUGGGCAGCCACUACACUCGCCGAGCCGUCUGAGCCUCACCAACAUCCGGAACUCCAGCACCAACGGGUACGUCCGGCUCAGCCUGAGCGUGGCGGGCGAGGACCGGGCGAACGGAGGGAUAAACCCCGGAGGAGUGGGGGGAGUUGGAGGAAAGCUGGGGAUCGGAGCCCGAGAGAACGACUACACGAGUCCCUUCAAGGAGGAGCUCCGGAGGACACUACAGCAGAGAAGCGUCCUGCCUGACGCCAACCCCGAGGAGUCGUCGGUCUAGAGCACAAACAGAGACGCCAAACAGUCACCUACCUCCCUCCUUCAUGGAGAAACAUCCUUCCUCUCUCUUUCACCAUCUCUUCUACCUUCCAUCAGACCCCUUUCUCUCUCUCUCUCUCUCUCUCUCUCUCACUUUCUUUCUCUCUCUCUCUCUCUUUUUCUAUCUCUCGGCUAACACCAUCGACCCGACCCAAUCCAGCAGCUGGCAUGCUAAUGCUAAAAUACAGAGUGUGUCACGAUCUCUCCAUCAAAAAUGGUUUUCGUUUCACGGCGACGGCUGUAACCUGAAAAAAGGCUACGAACUUCUCUUUUUUUUUGGCCUGGUUUAGCUGUCACUCAAAGACGUGGGAGGACUCACACCGAUUUGUGUUCUGUUUCAGGAUUGGACGAGGAACGGGAGGGGAGGGGUUAAAUAAAAAUGGGGAAAACUUUCCAGCAAGACGACAAUCGUACUUUUUUUGCAACAAAAAAGUGUGAAAGAGAAGAGAGAGGACGAAGUAAACAAAGGGAGCUGUAAACGAAAGCGACGAAUAGACUGACCGGCUUUCAUGGGAAAAAAGACAAACAAACAAACAGCUCGAUUUUUUACGAUUUCUUUUUUGUUUCUUCUGAGAAUGUCUUCAGUCUCAAAGCACUAAUAUAUUGUGAGGUUUGUAAUUUAAAAGAUUUUUCUUGGUAUUUCUGUAACCUUCGGGGUGACGGUGAAGGACGCGGGGACGUUUUGUGUCUCUGGUGGAAUGUGAAAGGAGGACAGACGCAUGACAGUCGUGUCUCUGUCAUUUAUCCCAGACUCGUGUUGUAAUCGGACCCGAGCAUUCGGCUCGGGAGAAAAACAAAAAAACUGAAGAACUGCGUUUGUGCUGCAGCAACAACUUCACUGUAAAAAAUAAAAGACCUUUCAUCGAGUGCAUUUCUGCAUUUAAAUCACUUCUGGAUGUUUCCUUCGCGGUGGAUGAACUGACCCUCACCCUGAUCGGACGCCAAAGGCUGCACCGGUGCCGCGUUAUCCGAUCAGAGGCUGCGUCCGAUUCCACGCAGUGUCUCACACAAGACAAGGACGUUUUUCUCAUUUUUCACUUUUUUUUUUCCUGACAUGAACCAGAAGGAGUCGUGGCUCAUCCCUCUGCCAGGUACCGCAGCCAGCUCCGCCCACCGGUCUCCACUUUCUUGCAUGAAGCUCUACGACGCCGUUGUUUGGUUUUUUGUUUAUUUUUUCCUCCAAAGUGCAAAAAGUCUUACUCAUGACUCAAAGACUCUUGAAGAAAAAAAAGAGAAAGAAAUAAAAAAGACAUUGUGAUUUGUUUUUCUUCAUUUCGCUGUGCCUCUUCAGCAUGGGCUAAAGCCAAAGUAGACUGCAGAUGGUUUUAUCUUCUCCGUCUAUCCAUUUCUUUUCUUUAUUUUAUUAUUAUUAUUAUUGUUGUUCUUUCUUAUUUAAGUUUCGAAGUCCAUCCACUGCACAGAAAAAGGACUGUUCUGUUCUGCUACCCGAGCGUACCGAGCGUUUGUUAUUAAUCUCUUUUUUCAUGGAGAGAGAAAAAAAAAUAUCGAUCUAUUUUGUGGCAUGACAGCUUUAUGAUGUUUUUUUUUUAUUAUUAUUUUAUUUUUUCAUUAUCGAAGCGGCUCUGUGUUCCGUUGUCCGAACGUCAGAUGGGAUGAAAAGAGCAAAAGAAAAAGACAUUAAUGGAAAUUUAGCCGGGAAUUUUCGCCUUUUCGCAGAAGAUUACAGUUUCUUCAUUUUUGUCAGUCACUUUGUUAUUCAUGCGCGAGAUAAAAAAAAAAAUAGAAUCAGACAUAUUUCUCAGGGUGGGGCUUUUUAAACAUCUUAAGAAUCGAUGCGGGCGUGUGCCGAUUGCUCGGUAAAACCGUCAAACUUUUUAGCGACGACGGAACAGUGUUACUUCAGGUUUCUACGUACGGAAUGAAACAACAACACGUGGUUCAUUUCUCUCACACCACAGCAGCUUGUCAAUAAUAAACAAACUAAGGAUGAGUGAGUAGGGAUCCAUGUGCGGUAUAAACAGGCAAAUGAUUCCAAAACGUGGUCGUUAAACAGGCAUAGAAUGUCCGGUAAGAAAGAAUGUAAUUCGUGAGGCAGAGCAACGUCAAAUAACUAGGCAAAUGUCAGAACCCAGAAAAACAAACACUGAAAUAUAACAAAGGCUUGAUACCCUAAAAAUACUGACAAUACUUCGUGUUGUAUAGCAGCAAUGCUACUGAUUAUAUGUCCGUAAAUCCCGGAAGUAGAAACUAGAAUUCUGGAGAGGGUUCUUUAUGGAGGUUCGGAGCUCAGGCUAUUGUAACAUCCAGGAUGUUUGUGUUCUUACAAAUGCUCCAGCACUCGUUCCCUCACCAGCUCUUUCUCUCUUCAUUCACUCACAUGAUGUUAGGCCCGGGUUCGAUUCCCAGCCAGUGCCCAAGCCCCAGCCACUGGAUGCAGUGCCGGUCCCACGUCCGGAUAAAAUAUGAGGGUUGGGUCAGGAAGGGCAUCCGGCGUAAAACCUGUGCCAGGUUGUUGUGUGGACCGGUUGGUCCACUGUGGCGACCCCUCACACACGUAGGGAGCAGCCAAAAGAUGAACAACAUUCUCUCACAUGACGUUAGUCAGAUUUUUUGUAAUGUUCCUGGAAGAAACCUCGGUUUGUUAUAAAGCACUGAUGCUGGAGACUCCGCCCUUAAAACAUUCAAUUUUUUAAAAACAAAUUAGUAAGCCCUUAUCCAGAGCGACUUUACGUUUUAUAUAAUGGAUGAUUAACGGCCCUGGUCAAGGGCCCAGCAGUGGCAGCUUGGUGGACCUGGGAGCCACUAAGCUACCACAUCCCUACUAAAUAAAUUUUGUAAUUCCCUGCGGACGAGCUGUUGCUAUAGAAACCAUAACGUCUUAAAACGAGCUGCUGAAUGUACAGCAGGUACCCAGGAACUACAAGACCACAGGAAGACGAUUAGCCUCCAGUCCAUCAUGUGUAAGCUGCUUCCCUGAAGAACGCCAAACACGUCUACGCUAAUUGACAAAAUUCAGGGGAAUAAAAAUGUCGGAAAAUUAUCAUAACGAAUCUGUAAAACCAUAAUGUUGAACCUGAACGUCGGCACACGCCAAGGUUUCCGUUUCGAAGGAUUAUUUAACGUAGCUGCUGUUAAAUAAUGAGUCUAUGAGCAUAGCCAUGUUUAGUGCACAUGCAGCCGGUUGCCAUAGCAACAGAGCUAAUCAGGGCCUGCAAUUGGUUAAAGUUCUUCACGCCCCACUGCGUCGCUCAGCCACUCCCCCAAAAGACUUUAAAUUCAUCAAGUGGACUUCAUUAAUUCACAAUUGAUUAAGAAGUGAUGCAGCGCACUCGAAGGGUUCAAGGGCAGAUCGGGAACACGGACCGUCGGCUUUUACGGAGACUUUAAAGUGCCCUGCGUUUACUUUUUAAGGAGUGACAGAGCGCACUUCAAGGCGGCAAGGCCGGAGAUUCCAGAUGGAGACACAGUCUGUGGGUUUGGUUUUAAAAGCUUGUAGUGCCCCAUGUUUAUAAAGCGACUCUUCUAAAGUGCACUACGUACUCCCCGAACGUGAUGGAGUGCACUUCAUGCAGGAUUUAGACGCAACCCGUGGGUUAAAGACUUUCAUAAAUCUGGUCUACGUUUACAAGGUGAUGUUUUAUAAAAGUGAGCAAGUGCACUAUAUGCUGCUGGUUCCAUAGUCAAGUGGAGGAUUGAAACACAGCCCAUGUGCGAAAUAAAGACUGGCCUCUUUUAUAACUGUACUGACUUACACACCCACACACACACACUCACACACACACUCACACACACACCGCAUGGCCUGUGUCGUGUUAUAGAGACACCGUUUCUGCUCUUCUUCUUUUGUGGCCAAAUGUUAAUCUGCUCUUUAACGGUUCCUCGUUUGUUUGUUUGUUUGUUUUUUUUAACUUUAUUGCCUGCUUUCUUAAUAAAUGUGUCUUGUGUUUUUUUUUGUUUGUUUGUUUUUUUACUAUUAUUAUUAUUAUUAUUUUAUAAUUUUAAGUAUAAUGUUUAGUAACUUAUUUCACCUGUAAAAAAAAAAAACUCCAAAUGUCGAUAUU